CAAUCUUUUAGAACAAUCUAUGAAGAUAUUUUAAGCUUAUUCGGCCUAGAGUAUAUGCACAGUUCGUCGUUAGCGUUCGGUUAGUUCAUUAGGAAUACAAACGGAAGAUACAAGUGAUUUCCCUUUUUUUUCUCUCUCUCUCUCUUCUUCCUUUGUUUUAUUCUUACAAUGAAAAGUUGUACUCACACUAGCGUACAACAUGUCAUGUUAACUUGCAUAGCGUGUACUGAAGAAAGCAAUUCCUCAUACGUAACAAGUGAAACACUAGACACAUCUAGAAAUGAACAAUGUGAAAAGGGUAUCGAGCAGCUCUCUCAGACAGAAACUGUAAGGUACGAAGAAGGAGGUUCAUAUCCAUGGAUAGUUGUUCUUUGUACCUUUUUUAUCCUUACCGUUGGCCUAGCAACAGGACAGUCAUGGUAAAGUGAAAUGAAUUAGGUGUCAUGCAAAAUUACUAUGAACAGCAUAAUCUGGGCAACGACGAUCCGACAACUUUGUCCCUACGACUUAGCUUUGCACAGACAAUAUAUAAUAUGCUUAUUAAUGUGUUGAGCCCUAUAUCUCAAUUGCUCUUGAAUGUAUUGGGGCCAAAGAACACAUUGGUCGCUUCC